UUGACUGCUCGGAGUCAGAAUCUUCAAUACACUUAUUGCCUUAGCACACGAAUAUAAACGUUGCGAGGUUUGCAUUUAACACAUUCUUGCAACGGCCGAAUGCAAACCAACACGUUUAUUGCAGGUCCGAUGACACGGCAGUCCUUGGCCUUGCCCGCAGCGCCAGAGGGGGGUGCUGUCAUCUCAGAGGAGGAGACCGGCAAGGAAUUUUCUCCCCUUAACGCUAUCAAGAGCUCUCAGACGAAAGCUAAAAAGGGGAUCCAAAAGCGCUGGAAGCUUUUUUUUUUUUGUAGAGAGCGGCGCGCGUGACCUUUGCUGCGAUAAGGUCACGGGGCUGAGAGUUUGACAGGUGAGGGUGGCGGUCAAGCGGAGUGGGAGGAGCUAAGUGAGCUGCCGGAGUAAGCGAGCGGUUUGCAGCAGGAGACGAUAAGCCCCUUUUUAGAAGCCUGUGGCGGAUGGGUGUUGAAAUGACGGUCUCAGUGGCACUCGCGCGAUUCAUCAGAAAACAGAGACUCACCAUCACCCACUACCUGUACUUCGCCCUCGCCGUGUGGCUUCUCGUGCUGAUCCACCGGCACCUCCGACAACCCACCGUCACGACCAUUCGCUUCGUCGACGAAGGCACCGACGGGAAAGUCACUCACCUGGUCCUCCCGACGCCCCACAAGGUCGUUGCUGCCGAGGCGUAUCGCGCACUGAAGGCGGUGAGAGAUAAUAUGCUGAAGGAAUUCAUCGGCGUUGACCUUCCGCCUUGGCUGGACGACUACGCGAAUAAGACGCAG